CGCCCCUGCAUGCCAUAAAAGAAAAGAACCCACUCUUCAAAACCAUAGGAGAGUCGCAUUCUCAGAACUGAGACUGACUUUUUGGUCUUUGCCGGUGACUUGGCUGCACUUGUUCAACAAGGUAGAUGGCGAUCACGCGUCCUUUUUGGAGCGUGUGUGUGUGUGUAGCCCUCAAAAAUCAUUGGGAGCCUGUCGACAUCUGUUUACUUUUCCAGGGGGCAAUAGACACUUUGGAAGGCAUCGCCCAACGAAAACAUUUUCCAAGGUGUCGUCAUAGGACUUGGGGCGCCAAAGUCGCGUACUUGCUGAGUAUGACUUUAACUCUCAAUUUGGCCCCGCGGUAGCUAGGACAAGUGACCGGCCAUUCCGCAGUCGCGCAUUGGCUUUGCGCUUGGAACUUUGAGCUUCGAGCUUCCUUUACUUUUUGACUUGGAGGAUUUGAUAGCUGAACCCUGACGCACGACGCAUGGUACUUCGAUUUACUUCGCUUAGGCAAGUUUUUACUUAGGAAUCUUCAGGGCCGGUCGAACUUUAUCCCGAGCGUGUCUCUCCAUCCUUGAGAGCCCUCCGUGGCCCAGCCGAGCUGGGGGUGAUCGUUGCGAGCAAGCAACAGUCCGUGCGGACAGCAGGAGCCCUCGAUGGCGAACGUGAAUGAUAAGACUUGACGACUUGGUUUUGACUGGAGCAGGCCUCUGAGCCAGCAGGAGCCCGUAGCGGACAGAAGUGGCCAGCGUUUACCAAGGCAGCGCAGGAUGGCAACGGUUGUCCAGUGGACGGUCGAAGACGUGGCCUCAUGGUUGGAGCAAUGUUUGCUAUUGCCAUAUGGUGAAGAAUUCUUGCAGGCUGGUAUAGAUGGCGUGCAGCUGGUUCAUUUGACGCGUCAGGGCCUGCUGGGCUUGGGCGUUGACAAGGAAGAGCACAUCAAAUGUUUGUUGGAUCAUGUUUCGGUACUUCGAAUCCAGUGGGAAAGAAGUCUGCGCGCUGCCUGUCAGGGCCAACCGACAGACAUGCCAUCGGGCUUCGAUGCUUCAUGGAGGAGCGAGUCAGCUGAUGGACAGUGUACAAGAACAAAGCAUCGUGCAAGAAUGGUUUGGCCACGUGUGGGGUCUCCAAUUCUGCAUGCGACCUUCCGAGGUUCAAGGCAAAAUGAUGAAGAAUGUCAAAAGGAGUUGCACGACGCCGCCUGCAAGGUGCGCGAGCCCUGCCGCCAGCCAGAAGUGGGAAAGGACGAAGCACAGGACUGUCAACAAGGU